AUCAUAAAAUCUCACGACUGCCAUCUGCGACAGAUGCAUGGAUACAUCAUAGGAAGAAGAAAUACCCGAGUUGUUAAGUGCUGGUGGUUGGGUGUGUAAAUUUCAUCACAAGAAAUUUUGCAGUGUACAAACACAUUAAUGAUUUUAUUGUUAACGUUACACAGUGCUGCCUAGUUACUAAUUGCGUUUAAAUGAGAAUAGAUUACAUAAGGAAAUAACAAUGAGCAAAAAGUGCGCGAGGUGUGAAAAGACUGUUUAUCCAACUGAAGAACUUAAAUGUCUAGAUAAGAUUUGGCACAAACCAUGCUUCAAAUGCAAAGAAUGUGGAAUGGCCCUCAAUAUGAGAAAUUACAAAGGAUUCAACAAGGAACCGUAUUGCGAAGCGCAUAUACCAAAAGCCAAAGCAACAACAAUGGCAGAAACUCCUGAAUUAAAACGUAUUGCCGAAAAUACAAAAAUUCAGUCUAACGUGAAAUAUCACGCUGAUUUUGAAAAAAGUAAAGGCAAAUUUACACAAGUGGCGGAUGAUCCAGAAACGCUUCGUAUUAAACAAAAUACUAAGAUUAUUAGCAACGUUGCAUAUCAUGGGGAAUACCAACGUAAAGCGGAAAUGGAGCAAAGACGACAGUUAAAUGAAAACGGUUUUAAGGAUAUUGGAGAUUCAAAGAAUGCUAAUCCACCACCACCAAAUCCUCCACUUCAACCACCACCACCGCAACCACAACAACAACAAGUACCGGUUGGAAAUCCUAAUAAUAUUGGAAAGAUAAGCGAUUACGAACCGGGGACGGGACAAUUUGCUAGUCCAUAUUCGGCAAGGAAUUCUCAAACACUUAUUUAUUCUUCAGAUGUUGGCUCCGUCAAUAAUCCUCCUCAACGUCAUAUCGGUUCUGUUCAUGAUCUGGAUCCAGUUAAUCAUAAUUAUGGGUCCCUGGGAAGGGUGUAUCGGGCUAUGUACGACUAUGAAGCACAAGAUGAAGAUGAAGUGAGUUUCCAGGAUGGCGAUUUGAUCGUUAAUGUAAGUAGUAUUGAUGGAGGUUGGAUGACUGGAGAGGUACAACGUACAGGGCAAGUGGGAAUGUUACCGGCAAAUUACGUGCAACUGGUUAAUAUUUAAGUAGACCAUCUACUAAAAAUUAUUAAGUUACAACACAUACUUUUCGGUUUAAUAACGUAUUGCAGAGGAAUUAAAUUAUGAUGGUAGGUUGUAAAAUAAUAUAAAAUCUUUAAAUUGUCAACUUUUACAUAUUUUUAUUUUAUGUACUUUAUGCUGUAUUUAUUUCAUUAUAUUUUUGCAAGUUGUUAAUUAUUUAAAGGUUACAUUUACUAUAAAAACGUAACCAUUGCUUGCCAGACUAAAUUUAUUUUGUCACUAAUUAUAAUAUUUACAUAUGUAUAGUAAUCUUUAUGUAAUAUUUCUUUCUUUGCCGUUUUUUACAAGUUUACGUAAUUUUAAUCUUUACUAAAAUGAAAUUAUCUCAUUCCAGCGAAGUAUGCAAAGAAAAUAUUACAUUCCGUACACAGCAUUUACAUCAGUAUUUCGUAAUUUUUGAUAAUUUUUUUAUCACGAGUCCGCUAGUGAAAUGUUUUGAAUUUAAAACUUAUCCAGAUUUGUGCCUUACUGAUGUUUUUUAUAAGAAACUAUUUUUAUAUUUGGAUUUAUAUUAUAAAAUUUAUAAAAGUUUACAAUUGUUGUAAAAGUAGUGGUGCUUAAGUCUUAUGAUGUUGAUUAACGUAGUUUUGAUUUCAUUAAGUAUUUGCUGUUUGUUUCUAUUGAACUGUAAAAUAUUUUCAUAAUUUUGUGUAAACCUGUAUAUUAAUACAUUAUUAGAUUAGUUAACAAAUCUAUGCUUUAAUUUUUGAACAAGUUACUGUACAUGUUAAAUAAAAAGUACACUAUUAAAAA